AUGGGUAGGGUUAUUCGGGCACAAAGGCGGUCGCACGCUAUCUUCAAAUCCCACACCCAUCACAACAAGUCGCCUGCCCAGUUCCGCCCCCUCGACUUCGCGGAACGCAAUGGCUACGUUAAGGGUAUCGUGAAGGAGAUCAUCCACGACGCUGGUCGUGGUGCUCCUCUUGCCCGCGUCGUCUUCCGUGACCCCUACCGCUACAAGCUCCGCAAGGAAACUUUCGUUGCGACUGAGGGCCUCCACACUGGUGCCUUCGUCUACUGCGGAAAGAAGGCACAGCUCACCGUCGGCAACGUCCUCCCCGUCUCCCAAUGCCCUGAGGGUACCAUCGUCUGCAACGUCGAGGAGAAGGUCGGUGACCGUGGCGCACUCGCCCGCACCUCCGGCAACUACGCGACCGUCAUCGGUCACUCCCCCGACGAGAACAAGACUCGUAUCCGCCUUCCUUCCGGCUCGAAGAAGACCGUCUCCGGUAGCUGCCGUGCGACCGUUGGUAUCGUCGCGGGUGGUGGCCGUAUCGACAAGCCCCUGCUCAAGGCCGGCCGGGCAUUCCACAAAUACAAGGCCAAGCGCUACAACUGGCCUCGUACUCGUGGUGUUGCUAUGAACCCGGUUGAUCACCCUCACGGUGGUGGUAACCACCAGCACAUCGGUAAGGCGUCGACGAUCGCCCGCUCUGCGGUCCCCGGUCAGAAAGUCGGUCUCAUUGCUGCGCGCCGGACUGGUCUGCUGCGUGGUACGGUCAAGGUCAAGGAGGUUUGA